AUGGCGCCAACAUCUGGCUCUGGCCCUGGAAGACAAACGACCACGCAGGUUGCAACAACUGGUGCCGAAACCCGGGACUCCGGGAGACCGAUCAUCGUUGGUGCGGAGGAGACCCCUCACUGUGGGAAGGAUUCAGAACUGCAGCCUCAGGAACACAACCUCACCAUUAAAAAGAGAUACUUGGAGGGCUUUGUUGAGGAGAUUGACCGAGUUGCUCCCUGGUUUGCUGUCUCCGGAAAUCUAACACUCGCAGCCUGGGAUAAAUUAAAGAUUGAUUUAGAUCGAGAAAAGGGGCAGGAUAAGCUGAGAGCUGGUAUUAUUCCCUUAUGGAAAUUGGUCCGGUCCUGCUUACGGGACUCUAAUUGCCGCCACGCUAUUUUGGAAGGAGAAGCUAUUUUAGGGGAACUACAGGACAGCAUGUCAGAAACAGAGCAAAGUGAACGGGGGAAGGAGCCGUUGUAUCCAUUAAAGGAACUGGAGGCUUUGGGGCUUUCCAGUUCCGAUUCGGAAGGGCUUUCCCCCUCAGAGGAGGAGGAUCUAGAAGAGGAAGCGGCUCGCUAUGAGAAAGAAAGGUACCACCCAGAUGAGCGGCCGCCCGGGAAAAAUCUGAAACAAAGAAAAAUAGGAAGCCGAGGUACUGUUUCCUCUCGGCCUGAUGUUUCCGCUGUUUCCUCUGCUCCCCCGCCUUAUUCCUCGGGUGGAAGCUCAAGGACAUUCAUGUCCUCCCAAGCUCGAAGACAAAUCUCUCUCGAAUAUCCUGUAUGGGAAAAUGUUGAAGGAGGACGCACUCAUGUGGCUGUAGAUUACAUCCAGAUAAAAGAGCUCGCAGAAUCUGUCAGUAAAUAUGGUAUAGAUGCUAAUUUCACCAUUAUGCAGCUCGAGAGACUGGCAUCCGUGGCUAUGACUCCUAAUGACUGGGAGACCACUAUUAAAGCUGCCUUACCCAAUAUGGGUCAAUAUAUGGAAUGGCAAGCGCUAUGGUAUGAUGCCUGUAGGGCUCAAGCGCGGACUAAUGCCUUGGAGGUGGGCCCUCAGAGGGAUUGGACCUUUGAUCUCUUGACAGGUCAAGGUCGGUAUGCCAACAACCAGACCGAUUAUGAGUGGGGAGCCUAUGGACAGGUUUCAACUGCCGCCAUUAAAGCGUGGAAGACUUUCAAAAAAAGGGAACCCACAGGUCAUCUAACAAAAAUAAUUCAGGGCCCUCAGGAGCCUUUUACAGACUUUGUGGCCCGAAUGACUGAGUCGGCAGGCAGGAUCUUUGGUGAUCCUGAACGAGUCAAGCCAAUGAUAGAACAAUUAAUCUAUGAAAAUGCUUCCCCCGAAUGUAAAGCACCUAUCCUCCCAAGGAGAAAUAAGGGACUAACUGAUUGGAUAAAAAUCUGCCAGGGACUGGGAAGAGCCUGGGGAAAGCCUAAAAUUCUUAAAACAGAUAAUGGACCAGCAUAUACCUCUCAAAAAUUUGGACAAUUCUGUCGCCAGAUGGGAGUAACCCACCUGACUGGCCUCCCCUAUAACCCUCAGGGACAAGGAAUUGUAGAGCGGGCUCACCGCACACUCAAAUCCUACUUAAUAAAACAAAAAGGGGGAGUCGAGGAGGCUCUUCCCUCAGUACCACGAGUGACUAUUUCCAUAGCACUCUUUACCUUAAAUUUUUUAAAUUUGGACAAUCAGGGCUGGUCCGCGGCAGAUCACCACGCUCAGAGCCCGAUAGACCAAAAGAAAUGGUUAAAUGGAAAGAUGUCCUGACUGGUCAAUGGAAAGGCCCGGAUCCUGUUUUAA